CCAAGCCCAUUAUCACCAACGUCCCCAAGAAAGUAUGAAAGAACCCCGGAUUUUCCAUAGAGAGCGGCCAACUCCUUGGACUCGUGCUCCAUUGCCACCUCGAGGACGGCUGGACGGUUCCCUGGGACCACAAAGAGGUCCUGUUAUGAACACAGGCCACCCAAUGGGUGUGAACUCAGAUCCUUUCUUCAUGGCAGGUUCCCUUGGUGGAAACCUGGCCCCAUUUCCAAGGAACCCAUCUUUUCAAAGUUCCUCAGGCUCAAUGGCUUCAAAUCCAGCACCUUUUCCUGCUGGUGCUCGUGACCCAAGCAUGGCUUCUUUCCCAAGAGGGAUGAAUUCUACUGGUACAGGUGCAGUUUCUUUCCCAAGGCCAGGUGGCCUUUUGGGCCCAGGACCAGGUCUGAAUCCUAGAAUAGGGGCUCCAGGCCCGGGUCCUAUGUCUAACCCCAGAUUAGGAGGUCUCCCAGGCCCAGGUCCUAUGACCAACUCAAGGGCAGGUGGCCUGCUGGGAACGAAUCUUGACCCCAGAAGUGGUGGCCCCAUGGGCUCUGGAUGUGGACCCAACCUGAGGGCAGGUGUCUUGUCCUCUGGGAAUGGCCCUCCCAAUCCUAGGGCAGUUGGCCUGGGCCCUGGACCAAAUCCUAAUCUGAGAUCAGGCUUUUUAGGUACAAACCCUGCCCCUAGGUCAGGCGUGUUUCCAGGCCCAGGCUUAGGGCCCAACCCACGAGCAAGUGGAAUGGGUCCAGGCCUUGGGCCCAAUCCAAGAGCUGGUGGCAUGGGCCCAGGCCCAAAUCUGGAUACCAGAGCAGGUGGCCUCUUGGGCACAGGAUCUGGUCUUAGCAUAAGAAUGGCUGGACCUCAAGGCCUAGAUCUUGCUCCCAUUCUAAGAGCAGCAGGUCUUUUAGGAACAAAUUCAGCUGCUUUCCCACAGGCUUCUGGAAACAUGAGUACAAACCCAUCCUCCAUGACAAGAGCACCUGGCCCCAUAGGCGCAAACACAGGUCCUGGCUCUCGAGGAAUUGGCCUUCCAGGGCCAAAUCCAUCUCCCAUGUCAAGGGCUCCUGGCCCCAUGGGCCCUAAUUCAGCUCAUUUCUCAAGGCCAGGUGGCCCCAUGGGAGUAAGUGCCGGUCCCUUUCCAAGGGGGACAGGAUCAGGAGGACUGAACCCAGCUGCCUUCUCUCAGUCUUCAGGCGCAUUGGCCUCAAAUCCAGGUACCUUCCAGAGGUCUGCUGGCCUCCAGGGCUCAAAUCCAGCAAUUUUCCCAAGAGCCUCUGGGCCACUAGGCCCCAACCCAGCUAACUUUCCAAGGGCCACUGGCCUUCAGGGUCCAAGUCCAGCUGCCUUCCCAAGGUCUGCUGGUCCAUUAGGCCCAGGUCAAGUUGCUUUCCCAAGGUCAGCUACUGGGCAUCUGGGCUCUUCUCCAGCAGGUCCUGUGGGUAUCAACCCUGCUCCUUUUGUAAGACCAUCAGGGACCCUGGGUCUAAACCCAGCUUCCUUUCCAAGGAUGAAUGGCCCUGUAACCAAGACUUUGGUCCCAUUUCCUAGAGUGGGGAGCCUCCCUGGCACAAACCCAGCUGCUUUUCCCAGACCAGGGGGUCCAAUGGCUGCAAUGUACCCAAAUGGAAUGUUACCCCCUUAAACACCACUUUCCCUCUAGGACCACUUUGUUUUCUAAGCACUGUCUCUUAGAUAAAAUGGUAGAUACGGAGCUACUGUCUGGAGCAUAACUGAGGCUCAAGUUCAAAUGAGUCUUUUUCUUUUUUCUUCACUGAAGGCAAGAUAUUAUUUGUGGGACAUGGACUCUGGCAGAUAGGAAUGCUCCUGGCCUCAGAGAAAGGAUCUCUGACCUUCUGGAAGCCUGCUGUGCUUUCUGCCCCUUGUUUCUUACUAGUUUCUCGACUUGUUCUUGUGGACUUUCCUCAGGGAUACAUUGUCCUGCAGGUCCUAAUCCCCCAUUCCCCACUGGAGAGUUGGUCCACUUGCUCUCUAGAGAUGUUACAUUGAUGAACAGAUGCUUCAGUAACUCUGACCUGGGCGGCUUGGACUUGGUUUCUUUCUAUUGCCAGACCUUUCCCUGGGGUCUUCGACAUAAAAUGGGGAGAUGGACAACCACGUCACAGACCUACCAAAUUUCUGCGUGACUGGGCCUGCAGCACCUUUCUCCUGGGACUUUGCGGUGGCCAGACUUGUGGCUCCUCUGCUCAUCCAGCUCCCUCUCCACUGGUACUCCCAGUCAAAGAACCUCAAAACUUAUGUAGAUGGGAAUUUGGGAAUUGGGGUGGGG